CCAAUCGCUCUGCCUCUCACACCAGGUGCCCGCUGUGUGGAUCUCGUCAAUUCCUACCUGUGCCAGUGUCCUGAUGGCUUCACAGGCAUGAACUGCGACCACACCGGCAAUGAGUGCUCCAUCUACCCCUGCCAAAAURGUGGUACAUGCCAGGRGGGUCUUGACGGCUACACCUGCAUCUGCCCCCCGGGCUACACGGGCCGCAACUGCAGUUCUCCCAUAAGCCGCUGCGAGCACAACCCCUGCCACAACAGCGCCACCUGCCACGAGAGGAAUAACCGCUACGUGUGCGCCUGCGUGCCUGGUUAYGGUGGCCGCAACUGCCAGUUCCUGCUCCCGGACCAUGCAGCUAUUCGAGGCUCGGAGAUCCCCUGGAUGGCGGUGGGGUCUGGGACAGCUCUGGUGCUGCUUCUGCUAGCAGGGUGUGCAGUGCUGGUUGGCUGCGUCCGCAACAAGAUGCAGCGUGGUAGCCAGGGCGACGCCACCGUCGGCGAAGGCGAGACAAUAAACAACCUGACCAAUAAUUGUCACCGGAGUGAUAAGGACCUGUCGGUAAGCGUCGUAGGGCUCGGGCCACAGCCAGGCAUCAAGAACAUCAACAAGAAAAUGGAUUUCGGAAGCGAUGCCGACAUGGACGGACCACCACCGUCGUGUCGGAGCAGCUACAAGAGCCGCCACCUGCCGGCGGACUAUAACCUUGUGCAUGAGGUGAAGUACGAGCAGGCGGCCAAAGAGUCGAUGCUGAGCCUGGAGGCCUCGGCUUGUGAAGAGAAAUGCCAAGCUCUGGACUCGGGUUUUGAGUAUGAGGAGUGCAGAAAUAAACGCAGCAAACAUUUAAAAAGUGACGCAUCAGAAACUUCAAGAAAUGAAAUKAAACUUCCAGAAAUGUCUGCAUGUGCAGACACCAAGUACAAAUCCGUGUUUGUCAUGUCAGAGGAGAAGGAUGAAUGUAUAAUUGCAACUGAGGUGAGUUUGGGAUACUUUUCUUCACUUUUCCUCAUUUAUAAUUGUUUGAUAAAGUCACUG